GAGAGGCCGGGAUGGAGCCGGGAUCGAACCGGGAUGGAGCCGGGAUCGAGCGGGAUGGAGCCGGAAGGAGCCGGGAUCAAACCGGGAUGGAUCCGGGAUCGAACCGGGACGGAGGCGGGGUGGAACCGGGAUGGAGCCGGGAUCGAACCGGGAUGGAGCCGGAAGGAGCCGGGCAGGAGCGGGAGCACUGUGGAGAAAGUGGCGGCUGGCUCUGUCCCAGUUCCUCAGGUCCUGCCACUUGGAAUCCCUCUUCCAGGGAAGGCUAAACAUGAAGUAGACACAAAUCCUCUUCUAGAAAUGAAAUCAGGUCUGAAUAAGAGCUUUGAAUCCAGAUGGCACCAUGUCUUGAAUGCAGACACCUCCUGCCAGUGAAUACACCCUCUUGCAUUGGAUGUGAGUCACCAAUAGCUCCACAGCUGCAGCCCCAAACCAACAUCUGCGUAAAGGUAAUUGAGAAUAAAUCUAACAAAACAGCAAUUUACCUCCUGGCAUGCAUUUUUCUAACAGAUGACUUCAUGAAAAAUAGUUUGAUCCAGCUUGGGUUUCUCCAAUUACAUGAUGACAGCUUUAAGGGUUAGUAGGAUUCAAACCACCUUGAAUAGAAAUAAGCAUUAAAGGUAAACUACAUAAGCUCAGGAAGGCAUCUUGAAGAGCACAGGAGGUAGCAGUGUGAAAGACAGGAACACGUGCACUUGUGUUCAGUAGGGAGAUCUUCUGUGAUUCUAUCAUUUAUGGCCUUAGUAUUACUGAGCAUUUUAAGUUUAUUAAAUAUGUGCUCAUUACUCUGCUUCCCUCAUUUGAUUGUAAGUGCUUAGCACAGACGGGCUGGCGGGACUGGGGCAGGGGGGAGAUGCCCAAAAUGCUCAAGCGCAGUAUUAGUCAGUGAUCCAAAAGUGCUGGUGGGCUUAACUAGACAAAAUCUACCCGCCCCAAGGGUAUGGGCACCCAAGCAGGGGCCGUUCUCAACUCCUUCAGUUAGGGGAAAGGGUGUGAGAAGGAGCGAACUGAUACUGCAUGUCCACAAUUGGUAGAUUAUAGACACUGCCCCACAUUGGAUGUUUUCUGGCAGUCCUGAUGCAGGUGCAAAGGCAGUCCUGAACUAUUUGGUGGCCACCAUCAAAACAGCAGACUCAUUAUUCUCAGCUCUGGUGGAAUCUCACUUGUUAAUAGUGCCUGUGCUGGGGCACCCUCAGGGGGACAAGAAUCGUUUUCCUUGCAGAUACUGGGCUUUCUGUUUUGUGUGAGUGCAGUGACUAAGCAAACUGACACUAGUCUAUACAAACAUGUGGAGGUAUUGAUGCUGGAUCUCCUGAGGGAACUGGACCAUACUUUAAAAUGAAUUGUCACCAAGAUCCAUGGAUUUGUGAUGAGCAGGCACUAUGGCCUAACUAAAACCUGAAGCCCACAGCACAGACUUGAAGGAUCUCUUCUAUCUGCAGGGCUGAAUAACCACAGCACUUUGUAAGAUCAAGUCCUCUUCUUAUUAGUGUUGUUCAUAGUUUUCAGAUACUAAGUGAAAUGUAUUCUUUCUCUGUUUAAAAGGGCAAAGUAAUUUGUCAGGCGUGUGGCACAGGAAAUCUUCACCAUAACCACUGUGUGACUUGUGAAAGCAAGCUGCCUGCAACGCAGACGCUAAGGCUUCUUCCAUCAAUCACACUAGGGUUAAUCAAAUCAAAGCACAACAUUCUUUUCUCUGGAAAACUGAAGUCAUAGCCCUGUGUCCCUAUGUUACAAAAGCAGAGAUUCCCUCCCUCAUGGGAUAUUCAAGCCCAGUACUCCCACAGAUCCUCCAUCACAAAUGUCCAGCUAAAGAGAAGCGUACCUUUGAGUUCCUCCUGUGGAAGUCAGGAUUGUGUGUGCCAUUGUGAAAGCUCAGAAGGCUCUUAGAAAAUGGGGAGUCUUGGCUCCAAGGGAGUUUUGUUUGUGUUCAGAUUUUCAAGUGCAGUAGCAAACUUGAGUGUCUACAUCAGGAAGAGAAUUUUUGUUGUUUUCCAUUAUUUUGUGAAAAUAAAAUAUUCUUUUCCAUUA